AUGCUUGAUAAAGAAAUUAAUUUGCAGAAGUGAAACAGCCGCAGCCGCAAACAGCAGCAAAUUAGCUAGAAGCGAUAGGAAUUUUGUACUUUUAUACAGCGCCACAAAGAAGCCACAGAAUGACCGAUCUGCGCAACGAGAUGGACAGCGAUCUGGACCAGAACUACUCCCUGAACAGCAAUGCGGACCCCAAGAACAUGCAGGAGCUGACCAUCUACGUACAAAAUCUGUUGCAGAACGUUCAGGACAAGUUCCAGACGAUGUCGGACCAGAUAAUAACGCGCAUCGAUGACAUGGGCAAUCGCAUCGACGAUCUGGAGAAGAGCAUUGCGGAUCUGAUGAACCAGGCCGGGAUCGAGGGUCAGGGCCCGGAGAAAUGAGAUCCGUAGCGCUGGUCCGGCCACGCCCAUCCGGAAACUGCAUCCCAAUAACAUUAGAUACAUACAUCGAACACCUGGCACCCAGUCAACCGUAUCAAGUUUACAAUUCCAGGCUCUCACAUUCAUUUAAUCUCCCCCGCACCCAGCUGCUCCAAAAAAACACAUUUGCUCAUCCAUUUAUUGCAUAGUUUUAAGUUUCGCCCGCUCGGGGCACAUCAUAAUUUAAGUAAAGUAAUUCUUUUGUGAGCAAUGGCCAAUAAUUUUGAAUUAUUGCCGUUUAGUUUCUAUUUAUAAAUUAAAAAUUCGAGAAUUGUAAA